GACUGUAAUCUAAUCUUUGUUUAGAUAUAGAAACAUUUUUUUUUCUUUAGAUAUAGAAACAUUGAAGUACCAGACUAUCAAUAUAUUAUAAUCUGAUUAGAAGCAUUACGAGGUUAUAACGCUUAUGGUUGCAUUGUUUGAUCUAGCCAUGUUUGUUAUAGUUUUGCCGCUUUUGUGGGCUUGGUCAGCUCGGUUCUUGGGUUUUGCGGAUUGAAAAGGUUAAACUAAGAGUGUAUUUCACAAAAGAAGAAAAGUUGUUUUAAAUCGAGUACUGUAGAUGUAACUAUGUCUCUCUCAGUGUCGUGGGAGGGUGGCUCACAGAGCUACUUAUUAGUCUAAUUAUGGUAUUGAUUAAAAUACAAAGAUGUAGAUUAUUGGGUAAUGAGAAAAAAAAGUGGAAGGUGUGGGGGUUAUCUUGAAUAUUUUAGUCUUGAAAUUAGGUUAAGUGGCACUGUUGGCCAACUUAAAGCAACCCGAAGUAUACUCAAUAAUGACACUCAUAAUCUCUCUCUCCCUCUGUCUAUUCCUUUAUUGGGUUAGGAAUUACAAAAUUCUUCAAGGAGAUAAUGAUACUAACUUGCUUACAAAGUUAUAAACAUACACUAAAUUGCAAUAUAAACCCUACCAAAAUCGUUACUUUUCCAUCAUUUCACUCACUCACACACGCAUAACAUAUUUGUAGCAUUCAUACAUAAAUACAUACAUUUUGGGGGAUAGAGAUGAAAGAUCGGAUGGAGCGAUUUUUGAUAUUGCCGUUUUCGUUAGGGUGUUCUACGCAAUCUUGCGUCGCUGUGGUCACUACUCAUCAACACAAGAAACCAAACCAACUCAUCAAGAGAAGAGAGGAAGGUGAUGAGAAUGGCUCAUUUAAAAAAGAAUACACAAAGAUGGACAAUAGCAGUGCAAAUAUCUCAGAUGGAAGAGUAGAAAGUGAUGAAAAUGGCUCAUAUAAAAAAGACUACACAAAGAUGGACAACAACAACAACAACAAUGGUGCUAAUAUCUCAGAUGGUAUCUACAGAAUUAUACGAAGCUUCAAGAGUUUCUCUCACUUUUUCAUUCGUUACGAAGAGGAAACGAAAGAGAGAGAGGCGGAGAUUGAGAUAGGAUAUCCGACGGAGGUGAAGCACUUGAGCCACAUCGGAGUUGAUGGAACGAUGACCACUUUUGACAAGUCCUCCUCAUCUUUUCCAUUCGCCGGCUUUCAUCUCACGGCCGUCUGAUUUUCACAUCUUCUAGUACUAAAUCAACUACUAUAUGACAUUUCUUUCAAUAGUUUUGAUAACUAGUCGUAAGAUCAUCUUAUUUGGUUGCAAGUACAUAGUACCUCAAAAUUCAAUAAUCAAUCUCAUUCCUUAACGAUUCAGUUUUUGGUAAGUUUUGUUACUCAUAAUCAUCUUUCAUGCAAAUUAUUAUUUUCCAUCUAUGGAUGCAUCUCACGCGA